GAUACCACACUACAGCACCAACCAUCCCCAGCAGAGAGCCAUUACAAACUCAAUACUGUCAGACCUAAUUAUAAAGUGCAACAUGCAUUUAUCCAUCAUUGAGCAUGAAAGUUUUCUUCACUUUUUAUCAGUAAUGGACAACAAAUACUCCCCUGUUAGUCGAAGAACUAUUACUUCAAAGCUAGAUGAUCUAGUGGCAGAAAAACAGCUGAAGUUGAAAAAUGAUCUAGCAAAGGCAGAUAAUGUUUCAGUGACAGUAGAUAUAUGGUCAGAUCGUAGGAUGAGAGGCUUUCUAGGAGUACACUGGCUCAGUACAGAAGAUAACAGUCUGCAGUUAAAAUCACAGUUGCUUGUAUGUAACCGCUUCAAAGGUUCUCAUACUGGAGAGAGAAUUUGUGAAGAAUUUCAGCACAAUAUGUGACGAGUACCAGAUCAGGAGAAAGAUUGAACACAUAAUCUGUGAUAACGCUGCAAACAUGAAAAAGGCAUUCAGCACGUGUUUCCCAGCACAGGGAGAUAUAGAAGACGACCUUGAAGAUUCUGACAUUUGGAAUGACCUCGCAGUUGAGGACCAAGAGAUGGUUGAAAAAUCUUUUAGCACCAAAUCCCAGACACGGCUCCAGUGUUUUGCACACACUCUUUAGUUGGUCAUAGGAGAUGGCCUUAAAGAGACAAAAUUAAUCAAUGCAUCCCUUGCCAAAACCUCCAGGAUGAGUUCCUUACUCCACACAAGUAUCUCUUUCAAGGACAACUUUGAGAAGGAGUUUGGACAGCGUGGAAUCCCAGCCUCUGUUGUCACACGCUGGAAUUCCACACUGAGGCAACUGAAAGCAGUACUCAGCUGUGAACACCUAAGACUAUGUACAUUUCUUGAAAAUGAAGGACACAAAGAGACAAUAUUCACAGCUAGAGAGUGGAAUCAGAUGCAGGAACUUGUCCAAGUCCUUCAACCCUUUGCAGAAGCCACAGAUCUUACACAAGGUGAAAAACAUGUGACCAUAAGUGCUGUGGUUCCCCGUGUCCUUUCUCUUAAUCACCACCUGGAAAAUCAAAAGGAGAGCGUGUGCUAUUUGGGCAGUUUGAUCUGUAGCCUGCAAACAUCUCUCAAAAGAAGAUUCAGAGGGAUCUUUGUUAAUGUGAAGAUGGCAGAUGGAGAGCGUGAUGGGCCAUUAUUGCCAUUCUCUGACCCUCUAUACCUAAAAGCUGCUCUUCUGGGUCCUUCAUUUGCCUCAAUGUGGAUAAACCAUGAUGUCUUGGUCCCUGAAAAUACCCAGGAGGUUGUGUUUGCCAUGAUUAAAGACUUGAUUAUCAAGGAAGCAUGCAUAGCUACCACAGUCUCUUCCCACAGCCAUGAGCAGGAGGAUCCAAUAACAGUGCCAAAACAUCAGACUGGAUUGUUCACAGCUUACCGCAAGCAGCAGAAGAGAGAUUCAAGUUCCAGUCCCCUUAUUCAGUUUAACCACUAUUUGGACAUUUGUGAUGGACAGGACUCCCUGCAGUUUUGGGCUGUGAACAGACACACCCUCCCGUCUUUGUUCAAGGUAGCGGAAAGAGUUAUGGCCAUCCCUGCAUCAAGUGCACCUGUUGAGCGGGUAUUCAGCCAUGGUGGGGUGAUAAUGCGACCACGUCGCUCACAAUUGAUUGACAAAGUUUUAUCCAAUUUAAUUUUUUGCAAGUGCAAUGCAUUGUAAAUAUUUUUCAUUUUCUCACCCUCAUGAUGUUACAAACCUGUAUA